AUGUCCAACAGCAGUUCCAUCAGCCACUUCCUCCUGCUGGCACUGGCAGACACACGGCAGCUGCAGCUCCUGCACUUCUGCCUCUUCCUGGGCAUCUCCCUGGCUGCCCUUCUGGGCAACGGCCUCAUCAUCAGUGCCGUAGCCUGCGGCCACCACCAGCACACCCCCAUGUUCUUCUUCCUGCUCAACCUGGCCCUCACUGACCUGGGCUGCAUCUGCACCACUGUGCCCAAAGCCAUGCACAAUUCCCUCUGGGACACCAGGAACAUCUCCGGCAGCAGAGCUUGUGCCCACAUGGCAGCAGCUGCCUGGGCCAGUGGCUUUCUCAAUGCUCUGCUUCACACAGCCAAUACAUUUUCCCUGCCCCUGUGCCAAGGCAAUGCCCUGGGCCAGUUCUUCUGUGAGCUGCCCCAGAUCCUCAAGCUCUCCUGCUCAAAAUCCAAAUACCACAGGGAGCUUGGGCUCAAUGUGGUUAGUGCUUUCCUGUUUUUUGCUUGUUUUGUGUUCAUGGUUUUCUCCUAUGUGCAGAUCUUCAGGGCUGUGCUGAGGAUCCCCUCUGAGCAGGGACGGCACAAAGCCUUUUCCAUCUGCCUCCCUCACCUGGCCGUGCUCUCCCUGUUUCUUAGCACGGGCUUUUUUGCUAACCUGAAGCCACCCUCCAACUCCACCCUAUCCCUGGAUCUGGCCCUGUCAGUUCUGUACUCAGUGGUGCCUCCAGCCCUGAACCCCCUCAUCUACAGCCUGAGGAAUCAGGAGCUCAAGGCUGCAGUGUGGAGACUGAUGACUGGCUGUUUUCAGGAACAUUAG